AGUGGAAAAGCGCCGUCGAGAAUUUCAUCAUAAGAAGAAGCAUAAUCUGAUUUGACGUUACGACGUGCGACUGCGGGGCGUCCGCAGGGCCGCACGGCAUUCUCGUUUAAAGCGGAGGCGCGGGUGUUGAUUGUAUAAAUAGAUCCGCUCGUCUGCGCGGCGAUGCGGCCCUAUAUCGGACGAGUUAUUUUUGAGAUCCAUCGUGAGAGAGUCGUUACAGUUCUCCGCUCACAGUUCUAAGGAGUUUCGUCCGCGGCAAGAGCGCGGCGGUUUCACGCUGCGCUGGAUAACCGAACAAAGACAUCGAGACGUCUUCUUGUUUAUCGCGCGAACAAUAAGAAUCGUCGAUUGGGCCAUCAUGACCCGAUCUCUUUCGUACGUGCGUUGUUCUCCCGUUUUAAUCGGUGAAAUUCUUACAUUUUCUUCAAAGUAAAGGGCAGUGCAGCUCGCGCGAAACAGCCUCGAAUUUGUCUACGAGUGUUGACUCUUUGGUGAAUUUCUGUCGCGAGAUUGUCAAGUAAAUACAAGUAAAUACAAAGUUCGUCGGCCCUGUGUAUGAAGCUUCUUCUUUUAUCACAGAAUCGCGAUAUUUUAACUCAAAGAGUAACUCGAGUCGCUCGAUGUGUACGAUAUGUACGUAUGAUAUAGUGCAACAAUUUAGAGCCCGUUAGUAUGCAAUACAGGCGUAAGAGAAAGACGUAAAGGUGGGUCCAGACAUGUGUCGUAUCAUCGUAUCGUAUCAUAAUCGCGUAUCAUGCAUGAUAUGGAUACGUUAGUUAUAAUGAUACGCCGAGGCCUUGCUUUCAAUCCGUAUCCGUAUCAUUUAUCUGUAUCUCUUUAUUAGUUUUCCAUCUAACGUAUCGUUCCACGUUAACCUGCUGUGGAGACAAUGUCUGUACAGUUAGCUGCUGUUAAUUACAUUUUUCUUCAUUAUUUAUUGAAGAAACCGAGGAAAUCACGACGGUGGUGGAUAAAAAGAAUUUUUGCGAAUCGCGAAGUAUACAGUGGCCCAAAAUUAUUGCGCGACUUAAAGUUUCAAUCUGUUAGUGGACAGUACAAAAACUUCACAAGAAUGUCACCCAUUGAGUUUGAGUACCUGAUAAAUUUGGUGGGGAAACAGAUUUCCAAAAUAGACACCACAUAUAGGAAAGUAAUACCUGUUCAAAAAAGAUUAGCCAUAACUUUGCGAUCGCUAGACGAAGCAACACGACUGAAUCGAGUCAGGAUACUCAGGAUCGGUAAGCGUCCACACUGACUGUAUCCGUAUCUCGUAUCAUUUCUUUGAUGUUUCGGCGAAAUACCGACUUCGAAUGGAUCAUGGUCGUAUCGUAUCUGCGUAUUAUUUUGAUACACAGAUACGAUACGCAGAUGUGAUACGGCGCACCGUCCACACUAAGCUAAUCGUGAUACGCGAUCAUGAUACGAUACGGUGAUACGACACAUGUCUGGACCCAUCUUAAGAUUGCUCUUUCGCGACAAAGCGAAACGAAAUCCCGAAAUUGUCUCGCAAAUUUCAUCUGUAAACUCUUGUCAGAGAUUACAGUAAAAUUGCCAAGAAAAGGAAGAAAAAACAAUCUCGCAGGGGUAAGGAAAGCAAAGUGUCGGCAGACAACGUGGAUCCACGCAGACGAGAUAUAACGAAGAGUAUCACGGGGACGUACGAAAAGAGAUCGACGAGAAUGUUUAGUUCAUUGAGACUAGCGACUACGCGCUCGCACAAGAGCCGCGCCAGACCAGGAAGCGUCGCGACGUCCGCGAGUUCCGACUCGACCAGAACGGAAGAAACGUCCACGCAAUACCACCCUCACAGCUUCCUGUUGUUGGACGAGCACGAAGCAACGGGCGUGAUCGGCUCGUCGUCGUCGCCGUCCAGCGUCUCGUCAAAGGUCGCGCAGGUCAGGGUGGAGCGAGAGGGUGGCAGUCUCGGCGUGACUCUUCGUGGCGGAGUGUCGAGGGCUCUGGUGGUGACCGGGGUAAAGGCGGACGGUCCGGCCGCCAAAGAAGGAAGGGUCAGACCGGGCGAUCGGUUGUUGGCGGUAGACGACACCGAGUUGCGCGGACUCACCUUGACGGAAGCUCAGCGAGCGCUCAGAAGGAGCUCCGACGCGCCUGUCGCUUCCCUCACGAUCGAGUACGACGUCGCGAACAUGGAGGAGGCGCGAGCAGCCACUUCCGGUCCACUGCUCGUUCAGCUGGAGCGCGGCCUCUCAGGCGAGCUGGGUUUAACAGUGAGGGAGACACCGAACGGAGUUUACAUCGAGAGUCUUCGUCCGGCGAGCACGGCGGAUCGCUGCGGCGCCUUGCAGGCGGGAGAUCGGCUGCUGGCCGUGGACGACAUGCCUAUUCAGGAUGCCGUAACGGCCGCCAAGUUGCUUAGGAACAAUUCCGAGAGCUGUCGCAUCGCCAGGCUGGAGAUAUUACCGCGACCACCGAGCGCGAGAACGGUCAAGAGAAGGGCUCAGCCGCAAGCUCAGCAAAAUUCGAGUCAGACUCUGCAGAUGAAGGAGAGCCUGACGGUCGUUCUUCGACCGGAUCAUCGCGGUUUCGGACUCGCUCUAAAACCAGCCGAGGAUCGUACGAGUUACGUGGUGAGUUUGUUGGAAGCUGGCGGUCCAGCGGAGCGAAGCGGCGUUCUUUUGCCCGGCGAUAAAGCUAUCGCCAUCAAUCGAAGAAUGUUACGCGAUCUGCAACCGGUUGAGGUAGCUAAUACUCUGGAGACGUCGCAAAUGAUUGAACUGGUGAUAGAAUACAAAGUAGGUGGACCGGUGGUUCCAAGUUCCGGAGUGUUUACGGUGAGAGUUGCGAGACCAUUAGGGGGCCAACCCGAUCUAGGUCUUACGGUCAACGAUGACUUGACAAUCACGGAGGUUCGUCGAGGAUCACUCGCUUACCGUACGGGUAGUUUAACACCCGGGGACAAGCUACUCGCGAUAGAUGGUCAAAAAAUGGAAUCGGGAGAUUUGAGACAAGCUGCCCAAUUGUUGCACCGACCCGGCAGCUCAGUGAUUGCUCUAACCGUUAGGAAGCCAGAUCCUAAUCCAGAAACAAGAGAUUAUCGUAGGGAGCCUAGCAUAGGAAGCGACACGGUCCAACCACAAUUCCCUACUGGUGUGUUACGUUCGGCCAGAGAAAGUCUUCCCAGCGUGGACAGCGCGGUAGAUUCCUGGGGCGAAUUGGGAGAGGGUGGCGGUACCAUGCCGGAAAUACUGAGACUUUGGGAUACCGCCUCUGUGGAUAGCGGACAGUUGGAUCUCUCGAUGCCGUCUUAUCCGGGCCCACAGGAACGUAGCGACGGUGCCGACAGCAACAGGAACCAGCAGAUAGUCCACGUGUCGCUGCACAAGGAUCCGGUCUACGAAGACUUUGGCUUUUCGGUGUCUGACGGUCUUUACGAACGGGGCGUUUAUAUAAACCGUUUGCGGCCCGGCGGACCCUGCGACGGUGUUUUACGGCCAUAUGAUAGGAUUCUGCGAGUUAACGAAGCCAACACGGAGGAUUGUGAUUGUUGUUUGGCUGUUCCACUUAUCGCGGCAGCCGGACCGCGUCUUGAUUUGACAGUAGCGAGACCCUUGUCGCCCCAAAACAGUGCGAAAACAUUGUAGGUGGGAGCAACAAUCAUGAUCGGUAUGGCAUCGGCUCAAAUACAGACAAAACGGCCAAAAAUUACUUCGUAUAUCAGACGUUUGACGAAUUGACGAGGGUAAAGUGUGAGAACGCCGCUGUUGUGCCGACAAUUGAAUUCUUGGAGGAUGAUUGUAAUCUCGUACGCGAGUACGCGGGUCGCGCAAUAACGAACGCUCCCAAUAUAUAUUUUUGUACACAUGUGUAUUUUAUUUAUAAAAAUAAAUGUAUAGAUUGUGGUUUUCUUA